UGGGGAGAAGCCGUUCGGCGGCCGGGUGGAAAGGAGCGCGGAGCCGCCGCGGCGUGGCCGUUUGCCUGCCCUUCCUCCCGGGUUCUGCCUUUCUUCUUCGGCCGGCGGCAUGGUGCGGACCAAGGCGAACUGCGGAGGCACCGCCGGUGCCUAUCGGAAAGUGGUAGCUGCUAGGGCUCCCCGAAAAGUGCUGGGCUCUGGACAGGCGAAUGUUAGUCCCUCUCCUACAUCAAGGAAAGCUGAAAGUAAGUAUGUGGGAGGCAAUCCGGUAUGCAUCAGGCCGACCCCACCGUGGCAAAGAGGAAUUGGAGAAUUCUUCAGGCAAACUCCAAACCUUCUGGAAAAGGAGAACCGAGACUCGGAGGAGGAGCCGGGGUGCAGUGAAAUAGGAAAAUGCAGAAAGAAGGUACGUCCUUUGUCUCCUUAUCCUGUAGUACAGGAAGAAUCUUCUGAAGAUGAUCAAAUGUGAGCUAGUCAUGCUUCUGCUAGCAGAUCUUGUUAUGCUCUGUAUCUCAGAGUGUUGUGUAUAGUCUGUAUAUAUUACAUCCAUUCAGUCUGAACAUGAGCCUUUAUAAGCAUCUAGCAUGCUAAUCUGUUUACUAAAAUAAAGUUUACUAAAACUUGACAGACUAAGAAAAGGGAGAGGUUAUUGGUACUAUGCUCUUAGUACUUCAAUGCUUUAAUGAUUCUUAACUAGUAACUAUAUGCUUUAUAUUACAUUCGUUUUGCUUCUUUAUGCACUUACUAAAAUUCUGUGCCAUAUCAGUGUUAAAUAAUGUGCUCGUGUUUCUGUAAGAAAAUUCUGUAUUUGACUCUUGCUGUGAUUAAUAUCUAGUUUGUUCUGUGAACUAGAAAAUGCUGAACUAAUAACUCUUUUGGAUUUAAAAGAAACAAGGCCCAAGAAACUUAUCUCAUUACAGUGACAGAACGGUAGAAUUUCUUCAUGAUAUGAUAGUUUGACAGGGCCAAAUUGUGGUACGAGGGCAACAUGAAAAACAGUAAUAAUAUCAGGAAUAACAUGUUAAUGCUUCCAAAGAUUUUCCAGCUUCCUUCCAUCUCUGUUUUUGUUGUAUGCGGGGGGUGGGGAGUAAUAUCCCUGAUUAAUAAAUGAAUUUUUAAAACCCACUACAUUAUUUGUAACUGUGGAGUUGACCUAAUAAAAGUUAUAAUGCAGAUUUUUACUGAA